CGCACGACCAAUUAUGCCGCCGCUAACUCUGCAUACCCGCGACACUGGCCUCCAUGCUGACUGCGUGGAGAGCUGUCCCGUCGAAGGCCAUGAGAAUAUCAUGGCCGUUGGAACGUAUCACUUGUCCAAACACGAAGGCGAGGCGGACACGCGUAGUGGAACCAUCGCUUUGCAUUCGUUAACAACAAAGUCUGACGACGGCAGUGUCGACAUGGAGGACACGUCCGUGGUGCAGAUGCAGAGCGGAGUGUUCGACAUGAAGUGGUCGUUUCCCCGCGUGCACAACAAAGCGCUCAUAGGUAUUGCAACGGCGGCUGGGACGUUGGAAGUCAUGGAGUUGCAAGAGGAAUCCCAAGCAUUGGUACAUGUGGCGUCUACCGCGCCCAGCGACACGAUGUUUCUGUCCUUGGACUGGAACAAUCGGGUCGUCCCAACUGCCAACCCACAGGUGGCAGUGAGUCAAUCGAAUGGACGAGUGUCGGUGUGGCAGCACGGGGAGGCGGCGCUGGACCGUGUGCAAGAGUGGCGCGCCCACGAUAUGUUUGGGAGUGAGAUUGAAGUGUGGAUCACAGCUUGGAACUACCACCACGCCGAUGUGUUGUACACUGGCGGCGACGACGCUACGUUCAAAGGAUGGGACACGCGGGAAACGACUCGUCCUACAUUUGUCAACCGGUCCGUCCACAGCAUGGGUGUCUGCAGCAUGCACACACAUCCUCACCAUGAGCAUGUACUCGCCGUCGGCAGCUACGACGAGACCAUUUCCAUCUGGGACACGCGGUCGUUCAAGCAACCGACGCUGCAGUAUGGCACGGGCGGCGGCGUGUGGCGGCUCAAGUGGCAUCCAUUGGCGUCGCAUGACUCGUUGUUGCUGGCAGCAUGCAUGCACAAUGGAUUUCAAGUCCAUGACGUGGCACGUCUUGGCAAGCCCACGACAGAGGAGCAGCAGCGACGUGUUCAAACCCGAGCACACUACACCCAGCAAACGUCGUUGGCGUACGGUGUCGACUGGUGGCUCGACCCUGCGACCCUUCAGUCCCAGCACCAGGUGGUCGGCAGCGCUUCGUUCUACGACCAUGCGUUUCACGUGUGGAGUACCGUGACUACAUAGUUGUAGUUGACUACAUAGUUGUAGUUGGUUGGCUGUUGCUGCUGCUGCAAAUCAAACACUUUUUUAGUCUUGUUAUAGCGUUCUCGU